AUGUGUCUACCUGCUGCUGCUGCUGCUGCUUUGUGCUUCUGUAUAACGCGACCCCCGUGCCUUUGUGCUCACGAGAGCCCUCAGCCACUGGAUGUUUUUGGAAGCAGAGCGAGGCGAAGGACGUUCACUUUAUGGGAUUCCUUCACUCAAUUCCGGUUUUCCGAAGAAAAGGACUGGGAGGUGGACUCAUCGGCAGACAGUCAGAUGUCCACAGUGUUCGUCGACCUCCCGGCGCUCGCCCAGAUCCUCCAGCAGGUGCCUCUCCAUCAGAGACUCCACCUGGAGGAGGAGCUGCUCCAGGUCUCGACCCCAGUGGAGCUGCCUACUAUGACCUUCACUCACAAACACGAACCUCCCAAAAUGUCCGCCUUCACUCCUCCGUCUGCAGCGCUGAAAGUCCCCUGCUCCGACCAGAAGGUCCCCGUGGCGACACACCCAGCGACGGCCUCACACUCGCAGGUUCCCUCGCUGGUGGAGGAUGAGGGUGAUGAAGAGCUGGACCAGCUGCUCGGUCUACAGAAACCAGUCUCAGGAAACCAGUCCGUCAGUUUGGAGGAGGACAGGAAGGUUCCAGAGAAAGAAUGUGAGGAAGUGAAGGAGGUAAUACAAGAGAAGAUCGUAGAGGUGAAAGAGAAAGACGUCACACCGCCCAAAUCUGCAUCCGUCAAGCAGGAAAUGACGGAGGACGACCUGGAGGACUGGCUGGACAGCAUGAUCUCCUGACCAAGGAAAGGACUUAAGAUGGAAGAUGUAUAUAAAAAGGAAAUGGACUUUAAUUGUCAGCCUGAAAGCUAUUAAAACAUCUGUGUGCUGGACAGAUGUUUGUACAGUCAAGUUCCAGCUUCUUACUUUGCUCUUUGCUGAAUUAAAAGAGGCAGUUUGUUCAUUAGUUACCAUGACAGUGUUUGAGGUGUAGAGACAGGACAGUAUGACUUUCUAAAAUGUGUCAAAAUGUUUCCUUUUGCAUGUUUCAGAGAAAGAAUCCUCUGUUCCCGAAGGAGAGUCAGAUGGGACACGUGGCUUUAUUGCGUCAACUUCUUUAUUCAUUUCCUCCCCCUCAUCAAAAGAAGUGCAGAUGACCAAAGCUACUACAUACAUAGAAGUGUCAUUACAAUAGCAGUGAACUGUUUAGUCGUCAAUAAAUACUUGAACCAA